AUGCGUCCGUACACCCCUCUGGAAGGGGUCGACGACAACGGCCGUAUGCAUUUUUGGAUAAAAAAGUACGAAAAAGGCGAAGUCGGUCGCUGGCUGCACUCAAAAUCUCCUGGAGAUCAUAUUGAGCUGCGCGGCCCUCUGCAAACAUGGCCCUGGAAGGAAGAUACCUGGGAUGAGGUUGUCAUGAUAUCUGGUGGAACAGGAAUAACGCCAUUCUACCAAUUAUUCCACCACAUCAUCUCCCGGACCAACCUUUCUCCUUCUACUAAGUUCACGCUGAUACAUUCAUCUCGUAACCCCGAGCAACUCCCACCGCCUGCACUUCUUCAGCCCCUUCAGGCCUUUGCUCAAGACAAUCCAGGACGAUUUAAUAUUCAAGGCCAACGCCCAAAUUCCAAGUUGGACGUAUAUCACAACUCGGCCUUGAAAAAUGCUUGGGAGUGGUGA